AUGGCCGCAUCGAUCGGAGACGACGACCUGGCCGAGCCCAUCGUGGUCUCCUCGCUCCCGCUGGAGACACGGUUCCUGCCGCUCCAGCUCCGGCAGCACGGCGGCUUCUGGUUCCCUGAGACGAUCCUCCCGGGCAUCGCGGCAGUGCGUGCGCGGUUCGCGCCCAGGCCGUCGGACGUCUUCCUCGCUAGCUUCCCCAAGUCCGGCACCACCUGGCUCAAGGCGCUCGCCUUCGCCACGGCCCACCGUGCCGACCACCCGCCGCGCGCCCCCGACCACCCCCUCCGCCUCCGCAACCCCCACGACUGCGUCGAGUUCCUCGAGGUGCCCUACGCGCUUGAUCCGACGGCCGACGCCUUUGCGGCGCUCCCUUCGCCGCGCGUGAUCGCCACCCACAUGCCCUACCCCCUCUUACCAGAGCGGGUCACGGCGGAGGGCGCCGGCUGCAAGGUCGUGUACGUCUGCCGCGACCCCAAGGACGCCUUCGUCUCCAUGUGGCUGUUCGCCAAGAAGAUGGCGGCGGCCGCUGCAGCCGAGGCCGCCAACGACGACGAACCGCGGCCAGUGCCAACUCCGUUCAGUAUGGAGGAGGCCUUCGAGCUGUUCUGCGACGGUCGAUGCCCCGCCGGCCCGCAGUGGCCCCACGUCUCGAGCUAUUGGGAGGGUAGCCAGAGGCGGCCGGAGAAGGUGCUCUUCCUCCGGUACGAGGAGAUGCUGCGGGACCCGGUGGGCAACGUGAGGAAGCUGGCGGAGUUCAUGGGGUGCGCGUUCUCCGAGGAAGAGGAGGCCGCGGGGGUGGCGCGGGACAUCGUCGAGCUCUGCAGCAUCGACGCCCUGAAGAACAUGGAGGUGAACCAAAGUGGUGCUCAGGAGUACGUCAAGAACGAGGCCUUCUUUCGGAAGGGGGUCGCCGGAGACUGGAGCAACCACAUGACGCCGGCGAUGGCGGCGCGGCUGGACGGUAUCGUCGAGGACGCACUGCAAGGGUCAGGGUUCGCCUUUGCUGCCUACCUAUAUGUACACAUGCACGCCGAUGCCAGUUGUGGAUGCAUCCAUACGUAA